GUCUUACAUGAAUGCGACUAUCGCAUAACAGCAGAGAUGACUGCACGCAUCAGUCACAUGAAAGAAACGCAGUCAAUCGUGGGGGCCAACGAAUUGCCAAUUGUUUAAGUGCUGCAAAACUGCUUCAUGAGCAUGGCGUGGAGCUGGUGGUGCUGGAAGCCAGUGACCGGGUGGGUGGUCGUACUCUGACACAAACACCAUCAGAAAAGGCAGGAGACCCACAUUAUGGAUGGGUUGACCUUGGAGCCUCUUAUGUUGGUCCCACUCAAAAUCAUGUACUGCGAUUGUGCAGGGAACUGGGCUGUGAGACAUAUCUUUGCCGAGAUAACCAUGACAGCAUAUAUUUUAGCAAGGGAAAAAGAUGUCGUUACUCAAAUUCGUGGCCCACAUUCUGGUGGAGUAGCCCAUUAGCAGCAUGGGAUCUACAUGCUACUAUUCGUAAGUUAGAUAACAUGGCACUCCAGGUACCUGCUGAUUAUCCCUGGCAAGCUCCUCAUGCUGUUCAAUGGGAUAAUAUCACAGUAAAGGAGUUUCUGAAGAAACAUUGCUGGACUAGGGAUGCAAGAGAAUUUCUUGAAGGUAUGGCUGUUGCUAACAACACUGCUGAAGAUCAUGAGAUGUCAUUACUAUUCUUUUUGUGGUAUUUACAUCAGGCACAAGGUGUGAACCAUAUUUGGCAGGCUAAGGGUGGUGCACAGGAACGUAAAAUCAUUGGUGGUUCUCAGCAGCUUAGCAUCAAGAUGGCAAAGAAUCUUGGAGAUCGAAUUCAUCUGAAAAAGGUAGUGGUACAAAUAAGGCACAUGAAUGAUGGUGUGGUGGUCAAAACACUGGAUGGAACUGUUUUCAAUGGCUCACAUGUAAUAAUGGCUAUUCCUCCACUUGCACAUCUCAAAAUACAUUUUGAUCCUCCACUGCCAUCACUACGUCACGGACUAAUUCAACGAUGUCCUAUGGGAAUUGUUCUCAAAUGCACUGUAUUCUACAAGAGAGAAUUCUGGGUAGAAAAAGGAUAUAAUGGAUUUGUGUCCUGUAUGGAUGGAAUUGAGGUUGUUGGUGAUGUCCAUGAGGACCAAAAACCAGGUAUAUCUCUCUAUGGACUCAUUUGCUUCAUUUUUGGACAGCAUGCCAUCCAACUUAAAGACAUGGAACAGUCUGCUCGCAGAGAUGCCAUCUGCCGUUCCCUUGCCAAUUUUUAUGACAGUCAAGAAGCUCUUGAGUCAGUAUAUUAUGUGGAUAAGUUGUGGUUAGAAGAACCAUAUAUUGGUGGCUGUUACUCUAGCUACUGUUCACCAGGUGUCCUCACUAGAUUUGGGCCAGCAAUACGAGAACCAAUUGGAAAAAGAAUUUAUCUUGCUGGUACUGAGACUGCAUUAGAGUGGACUGGCUAUAUGAAUGGAGCUAUUGAGGCAGGAGAGAGAGCUGCUAGAGAAGUACUGCAUGCGCAAGGAAAAAUCUCAAGGAGAGACAUUUGGGUGAAAGAACCAGAAUUCUCUGGAGUAUCAGUAAAACCUCUGCAGCCAUCAUGGAUGGAGACAUGUCAACCCAACUUCGAAACAAUCUUGACAGUUAGUGCCCUAAUUGUUGGUCUGCUUGUAGCACUAUUUGAAUGGAUACAAAGUACCAUAUACUCUAGAUAAAUUCUUUGAGUUUGGGUAUGAAUAAUGGACACACAUAUUGUACUAUAUCUUCCAAACUCCACACUCCCUUUCACUAUCAGUUAAUGAUAUUGAAAAAGUGGAUGUUAGUACUGAUAGUUGUUGCACAAGUUUUGAACUUAUAAUCCUCAGAAAUAUUUUAUAUGCGUAAUAUUAUAUAUAAAAUAUUUCUGAGGAUUCCAAAUUAAAAACUUGUGCAACAACUAUCAGUACUAACAUCCAUUAUAUAUACAUAUAUAUUUUAAAAGUAGUAAGAUUUCUGAUGAAAUUUUCUGUUAUACUUUUGCAUGUGCAGUAUCAAGAUACUAUGACAAAAAUUCAUUGUAACCAAAGCUAAUAAUGGCUCAAGAAACUGAAAUUAUAUUUGAUAGUUGACAAUGAAUUUUUGUCAUAGUAUCUUGAUACUGCACAUGCAAAAGUACACCAGAAAAUCUCAUCAGAAAUCUUACUACUUAAUACGGCAUAGGUACUUCCUUCAGAAGAGACAAAACUUGUUAGACCCAUUGUUCUGAAAACUAUUGGACUGAACAACCAAUGAAAGAUCACACCAAUAUCCUAGAUCUUGUGAUUAGUCACUGUUUCAUUUUCAGAGAGUUCUUUUCUUUUUUCAAUCCCAGAGUACUUCAAGUGGAAUUUAUAGUAUGCAGUCAUUUCUUUAUGUACUUUGAUUUUAUUCUUCGUCACCAUUCUGCUGAUGCCCAUAGUCAUUUAUCAAAAUUUAUCAAUAUAGAUAAUCAGUAUUUCUAAGUGAGAUGUAUUGUGUAAAAUAAAAUAUGUAGUAGAGGAUUAUGAAAUUUUAAUGGCAUAGAAAGUUUUCAAGAAUUGCAUGUCUUAUGUAUAAAUCAAAUUCAAGCCUCAAACUUUGCCACCAUAUAUGCCAGAAUUGGUAAAUGGUUAACAAGAAUAUGCACAGUAUGUUUUGACAGGUUGUUGGUGAAUUGUAGCAUAAGGGCAAGCAUCCAUGAUAGUUGCCUAACAGAAAACUUGCAAUAUGGUGGGCUUCAGUAUGCUAGUUCACUGCAUUACAUAACUUUAAAGUUGUCGGUGUGAAAGUUACAAGAUGAACGAGACUCUAAAUCAACAUCCCCUAUUCUCUGAAUAAAAGAAAUAGGUAAAACUUUUGUAUUGGAUGCCAUGCCAUUAUAUUUGACACAGUUUUCCUUGAUAGAACCAAUAAAAUAUAACCAUGGUGGGCCAAAAUAUAUCAGCACUAAAAACAUUACUCUUUUUAUGCUACAGGAGACUCAUGAGUUAUAUCAAAAUAUUUUGUCAUUAUAUGUAUCAGUUAUGUUCAUUGUCAUUAUAGGUAAAUAUAGAUGCUGUUUAUUGAUGUAUUUUUAAAAGUAUAUGUAAAAAAAUAUGUUAACUUUUAUUAUGUGAGUAAUGUGAGUAAUAAAUGCUGUUGCACUGACAUUUUUCAGAUGUGUGAAAUAAAUGUAACAUAUUGUCUUUA